ACGACUCCCGUCUCUACAUAAGCGGUGGCCGAAAGAGAGACAUGUUGGGACAGCGCCUUUCCAGCUGGUACAAUACUCCCUGCACUGAGACCAGCGUCACUAACUAUGGCAAUAGCUUGGAGGCUUCUCACGUGGACUCUCRUCUUCACCAGGGCUGUGUGCAGCUUCCCCGGUUACACCUUCCAGUCUCAAGAGGAGUUCCUCUCCAGCCUCGACCACUAUGAAAUUGCAUUCCCCAUCCAAGUGGACCAAAACGGCGACUUCCUCACCUUUGACAUGAGAAGCCAGCUGAAGCAGCGCCCUCGGCGCAGUCUGGGCUCCAUGCCCUAUGAGCCAUCUGAGCAACAGGUCUUCUACAAGGUCUCUGCUCAUCGAACCCAAUUUCUCCUCAAUUUGACGCUGCACUCCAACCUGUUGGCUGAGCACUUCACUGUUGAAUACUGGAAACGAGACGGUGUGGACUGGCAACAUGAUUUCCACGAGGACUGCCACUAUGCAGGCCACUUGCAAGACCAGUACCGCAACUCAAAGGUCGCCAUCAGCAACUGCAAUGGACUGCAUGGGGUGAUAGUCGCAGAUGAGGAAGAAUAUUUCAUUGAACCGCUGAGCCCGGAAGCCAACGUGAGCGCAGGGAACGAGGGCAAGGGCAGCCCCCACGUCGUGUACAAACGAUCAUCUCUCCAGUACCCCCACAUGGAUGCAGCCUGCGGCGUGCUAGAUGAGAAGCCCUGGAAGGGACGGCACUGGUGGCUGCGGACGCUGAAGCCUUCACCUGUGAAGCCAUCGGGCAACCACAGCCAGCGAGGCCAGCUGCCCCUGAAGAGAUCGGUCAGCACUGAGCGCUACGUGGAGACCCUGGUGGUGGCCGACAAAAUGAUGGUGGGCUACCAUGGGCGCCGCGACAUAGAGCAGUACAUCCUGGCCAUCAUGAAUAUUGUUGCCAAACUUUUCCAGGACUCGAGUCUGGGCAAUAUUGUCAAUAUCCUGGUGACCCGGCUGAUUCUUCUCACCGAGGAUCAGCCCACCCUGGAGAUUAACCAUCACGCUGGGAAAUCCCUGGACAGCUUCUGCAAGUGGCAGAAAUCCAUCGUGAACAGGAAUGGCAAUGGGAACGCUAUCCCUGAGAACGGCAUAGCCAACCAUGACACUGCUGUUCUGAUCACUAGAUACGACAUUUGCAUCUACAAGAAUAAACCGUGUGGCACCCUAGGCCUGGCCCCAGUCGGAGGGAUGUGUGAACGAGAACGAAGCUGCAGCAUCAACGAGGACAUUGGCCUGGCUACAGCCUUCACCAUUGCCCACGAGAUUGGCCACACGUUUGGCAUGAAUCAUGACGGGGUCGGCAACAGCUGUGGCUCCCGUGGACAAGAAACAGCCAAGCUCAUGGCUGCUCACAUCACCAUGAAGACCAACCCCUUUGUAUGGUCCACAUGCAGCAGGGAUUAUAUCACCAGCUUCCUCGACUCCGGGAUGGGAUUAUGCCUGAACAACGCGCCUCCCAAGCAAGACUUUGUCUACCCAACAGUGGCACCAGGACAAGCCUACGAUGCAGAUGAGCAGUGCCGCUUCCAGUACGGAGUUAAAUCUCGCCAGUGUAAAUACGGGGAGGUCUGCAGUGAGUUGUGGUGUCUGAGUAAAAGCAACCGCUGCAUAACCAACAGCAUCCCAGCUGCCGAGGGGACCAUAUGCCAAACUAACACCAUUGACAAAGGGUGGUGCUACAAGAGAGAAUGUGUGCCUUUUGGCACCCGACCAGAGGGUGUGGACGGUGCCUGGGGAGCCUGGUCGUCCUGGGGAGAGUGCAGCAGGACGUGUGGAGGAGGUGUAUCGUGCUCCGUUCGCCACUGCGACAGCCCACGGCCCACGAUCGGAGGGAAGUACUGCCUGGGAGAGCGGAAGCGCUACCGGUCCUGCAACACCGACGACUGCCCUCCUGGUUCCCAGGACUUCCGAGAGUUGCAGUGUGCCGAAUUCGAUAACGUCCCUUUCCGAGGGAAGUACUACACCUGGAAGACRUACCGGGGAGCCCGUUCUUUCCCAGGGGGUGUGAAGGCCUGUUCCCUCAACUGCUUGGCCGAGGGCUUCAACUUCUACACGGAGCGAGCUGCGGCCGUGGUGGACGGGACGCCGUGCCGGCAGGACUCCAACGACAUCUGCGUCAACGGCGAGUGCAAGCAUGUGGGCUGUGACCGUGUCCUGGGCUCCGACUCAAAGGAAGACAAGUGUCGCCUGUGCGGGGGAGAUGGCAGCACCUGUGAGACCAUUGAGGGCAUCUUCAACCAGUCCCUGCCAGAGGGAGGGUACGAGGAGGUGAUCCAGAUUCCCAAGGGCUCUGUCCACAUCGACAUCCGGGAGCUGAACCUCUCCGUCAACUAUUUAGCUCUGAGAGGAGAAAACGGCGAAUAUUACAUCAAUGGGAAACUCUCCAUCGACCCUCCAAGGCGCUUCGACGUUGCAGGCACAACGUUCCACUACAGGAGGUCCCCGGACGAGCCUGAGUCGCUGGAGGCCUUGGGGCCCACCAACAUCACCCUCUUUGUCAUGGUCCUUGUGCGGACAGAGCUGCAGGGCAUUCGGUACAAGUUCAACGCCCCCAUCAGCAGGGAUGCCUCAAACCAGUAUUCCUGGCACUACACCCCGUGGACCAAAUGCUCAGCACUAUGUGCAGGGGGCAGCCAAAUCCAGUCUGUCGUGUGCAAGAAACUCUCCGACAGCUCAACUGUCUUCAACCAUUUCUGUAGCCCCGAAACCAAAAUGCCGGAGCGGCAGAGGCCGUGCAACAUCGAACCGUGCCCGCCAGCCUGGGUUAUUGGGAACUGGUCUGAAUGCAGCCGAACCUGCAACGAGGGUGUCCGCACACGGAGCGUCUUUUGCAAACGAAAGAUCUCUACCACCGAGGAGAAGACCUUGGAUGACGCCUCYUGCCCCCAGCCACGGCCCAAGAUGCUCGAGCCUUGCAACAACCAGACGUGCCCCCCAGAAUGGGUCGCUCUGGACUGGUCAGAGUGCACCCCCAGCUGCGGGCCAGGUUUCCGCCACCGCAUCGUGCUCUGCAAGAGCGGUGACCACAGCGCGACACUGCCCGCCUCCCAGUGCCCUGAAGGCUCCAAGCCCCCGGCCAGCAUGAGGUGCAACCUGCGGCGCUGCCCGCCCCCACGCUGGGUGACYGGCGAGUGGGGAGAGUGCUCCGCACACUGCGGCCUCGGCCAGCAAAGACGCUCCGUCCAGUGCCUGGCCCACACCGGGCAGCCGUCCAGCGACUGCGCGGAGACCCUGCAGCCGCCCGGCAUGCAGCAGUGCGAGACCAAGUGCGAGUCCGGACCCACGGACAACCCUGACGAGUGCAAGGAUGUGAACAAGGUGGCCUACUGCCCGCUCGUCCUGAAGUUCAAGUUCUGCAGCCGGACCUACUUCCGACAGAUGUGCUGUAAAACGUGCCAGGGCCACUAGGAACAGAGCAAAAUCACCCCCGU